AUGGAUGUUCAUGAAGAUCAAGAUUUGGAUGGGUUACCAAAUGUACCAUCAUCAAGAUACCGAAACUCGGAUGUUCAUGAUGCCAAUAUUGAAGAUGGUGUUCUUCUGCCAAAAGGAAUUGCUGGUACUUCAAAACGUGGUAAGGGUUCGAAGAAGGUUACUAAUCCUGUUCCUACUCCGAAGAAGGUUACAAAGCCCAUUCAAGUUCAAGAUCCUAAAGAGUCUGCGAAGGAAGUUGUGCCUUCAAAAUAUGGAGUUCUAAAGAAGUUGAAGAAAAUGGCUCAUAGGUCUCGUCAUUCUCCUGAAAGACAGCCUAUUAUCAAAUCUAUUCCUGAGCAGUUUAUUUCUUCUCAUAAAGAAAUGUUUGCUUCAAAGAUAAAUAAAAUUCGGAAACCUAGAUCAAUCGCAAGGGGGUGA